UAGGAGGACGUACGAGGAGCGACAGUGUGGCCGUUAUUGUAUAAGGGAGGAGAUGAGUCCGGCGUGUAACAGUUGUGUAUUUGUGAGUGCAAGUGUACGGCGAGUGAACUUACAUGUGGUGUGCGUGAGUGUAGGGGUUGUGUCUUUAGCGGUGUUAAUGCAAGUGUGGAGGUGUUGUCAGUUGAGUGUAGAGGCUGUUCAGGAUUACCGUCGUGUGCUGUGUUCAUCACCACCCUGUGCUCUUCCCUACAACAGACUACUGAACCCUCACGUGCUGGGACCUGGGAGUGACGACUGUGAUAGGUGUCGUAGUUUUAUUACCCUAAGACCAAUUGUUAACAAGCAUAAUUUUUCAUGUUUUUAAUUAUUAUUAUUAUUAUCUGCGUCAAUAGGUGAACCACUCCCCUCUCACUUCCCCGAAAAAUGGAAGUUUUAUUUUUAUGAAUAAUUUGAAAGAAAAAUGUAUCCAACGCAGGUUUCCUUGCCCAUCUGUCGGCCAAUGCCUCUAGUCCAUCACCAUGAUAUGUGUGUCAAGUGUAGGCUGCGGGCACCACCACAGGCAGGAUGUCUCGUGACGGAGUGGAGCAGCACCACAGUCCACAUGACAACACACGUCGCUUCCUUAGUUUAGCUUCUCAUUCAAACCUUAAAUCUGUACCGUUCAAUGCCAGUUGCCAGACGACCAAUAGUAAAACGCACGAGUGAUUGAUGAGUAAAAACAAAUUUUAUAUUCAUUAAACUGACCUUAGUGUUACUUGAUUACAUUAUAAAAACAGGCAGGAACGCUGUCUUUAAACUUAACGUACACGAUAAGGCCAUGGUGUAAUGUACUAGAGAAUCAAAUCCGGCGUAGUCAGUCAGUCAGUCAGCUAUGGUCGUCGUUGACACACUUUUAAAACAGUACUCCACAUCUACCCCAGCAUCUUCCUUGUUUGUCAUUAUCAUCUUAUAUAUUGGGUACCGUGAAGACUGUAACUGUCUGGAUUUUUACACCGGUGGAAGAACGCGCCAGUGUGUGAAUAGUGGACUACUGUACUGGUGACAACAAGCGCGGGGUUUGGUGGACCGGACGAGGUCAGCGCAGAUUUCUACUGUACUGGGGGAUCGACGGGUAUACGGGCGGGCGAGUGGGUGGUCGUGUAUAGUGUACCUCCCACUAUAAUGAUGAUGGUCUUGUAGCCUAAAUGUUAAGAGUUACUGGAAAAAGAAGAUACAGAAGGUUAGGUUGUGAGGAACUGUAUGGUGGUGUAAAGACUGAAAUGGUAGUUAUGAGGAGGAAAAAAACAUGACAUUGGCAGGACAUGAUGGUGGUAACCCAGGGGUCUUCGUCAACACUCCACCACCACCAUCUGUGUGUGUGAAGGUCUCCCUCCAUGUGACAGCUAACACCUCGCCAGCCUAACACCUCACCAGGGAUUGUUACUGCUACACUUCCAAAGGGCGGAAUGACCGUGGUGCUGGUAGCCAAGAGAGCGGUGAGGCGAUGUCCCACCAGAGCCUUACGUCGCGGCCUCUACCUCCUUGUGCUGUGGUGCUCCCUCUGUUACAUCGUCCUCAGGUUCACUGGUCAAGAAGAAUCUGCACUGAGCCAUGGGGGAAUGAUGAGGGGCCGUCUCCUACUGCAGAAGAUUGUGGAGACACGGGCACCACCCCUCGCCCCCACCGAGACAACAUCUAACCUCACCACAGAAUUUAAUCCCUUUGAGUUGGAGCCGUCAAUCGACAAGUCGCCCUCACUUUCUGACCAGGACCUGGCUGAACAGAUCCAGGCCAAGAUACCCAACUUACCAAUUCGGUACUGGCAGAAGUACAAGGGAAAAGUUAUGUCCAAGAACAAAACAUGUGCAAAGUUUCCCUCCCUUUAUGAUCUUAGUUUUAAUAACAUGUACUGGCAGACACUGAAAACUAGCAAUGGCACUUUCCAUCUGUUUGGUUCAUAUUAUGAUAAUAGAACAUUGGUGGCCAUGAAGCCAGUGAUACGCACUCUAGGUAUGAUUAAUCGCCUUGAGCCCAAAGUCAAGACAUACUGCCAACUCUGGUUUGAUGGACAAAAAGAACCAGUUUUUGCUAGAGUCUGGGAAUAUAAAUAUAUCUGGUAUAAGAAGUGGGGGAACUACAAGCAUGGGUUGUUUCAACCAUACAUGAUAGCAUGCCAGGUGCCACCCGGGUAUCGUCACUUGGUGCCGGAAUCAGUGUCCCUGGUGGAGCGGCCCUGUGAUACUGCUACCACUAAUCUCAGGGUCAUAAACAAUCGCCCCGUUGGGGGACAAAAGGAAAACUUUGCAGUAUGUGUAAAGGGACUUGACUUUCUACACGAUGAUUUGAGCGUGAGACUAGUAGAGUGGCUAGAGUUACUUUUUGUUUUAGGUGCAAAUAAAGUGUUCCUCUAUGACCUAGAAGUUCACCCUAAUAUAUCCAAAGUGUUAAGGCAUUAUGAAGAACAGGGACGUGUAGAAGUGACCAAAUUGACAUUACCAGGCGAACAGCCAAACAUACCCGGACUCCUCCAUAUGUAUCUUAAGUCUAAGGUAACCAACAAGCGUCAGAAUGAACUAAUCCCCUAUAAUGACUGUCUGUACAAAAAUAUGUAUCGAUACAAGUACAUUGCUCUGCUUGAUACAGAUGAAGUUAUAAUGCCCAAGAGUUCUAUGUCAUGGAAAACACUGAUGGAAACAGUAGUACCAAAAGCACUCAAAACAAAGAAAGAUCCGCGGGCAUCUUACAAUGUUCGCAACGUUUACUUCAUGGACACAAUGAGACACACCCAUGGAUGGUUCCGAGAGAUCCCUCAUUACAUGCACAUGUUACAACAUGUUUACCGUUCCCGCAACUACACCAAACCUGGACAGUAUGUUAAAUGCUUCCAUGACCCUGAGCGAGUUUUGACUCUCCAUAACCACUUCCCUUUAUCCUGCCUUGGUGGAAGCUGUUCAUCCUAUGCGAUAGACACAGAAGAUGCCCAUCUGCAGCACUAUCGUGCAGAUUGUGUAAAUACUCUGAAGAAAUCAUGUUCCCAAGAAUACAAGAACCACACAAUCUUGGACACCACCAUCUGGAGGUUCCGAGAGCCACUGGUGGCACGUGUUACAGAAACGCUCUUGCACCUUGGAUUCUUCACCCCCGGUACAUCACUGAGAUCAACUGACCCUCCGGCAUCUGCUGUGAGGAGAAAGUGAUCUACUCCUAAUUAGUGUCAUCCAUGUGCCUUAUCUGGUGUAUUUCACCUGUGGUCUAGUCCCGUCCACUAGCCACUCCAUACGUGCCCUCUUCAUGCAGACGGAUCUGCGUUAUACAAUAAGGAUUCACAGAAUGUAAAUAUCAAGUGUUUAAAUCAAACUCAUAAAAAAGUGCAAACUUAUAUUACAACAAUAUAGUUUCUAUGCCAUUAUCUUCGGUUGUGAAAGCAAAAGAGAACCAUUGGUCGUGUACUAACAAGUGAAGAGAAAGCCAGAAAGCAUCAUUUCUGUAUUUUUGAAAAAAUUCUUCUUUUAAUGUGGGUUUGAUUCACAAUCAACAGAGUGGCCCUUGAGGUUACAGGGGAUGUAAGGGAGAGUCGUUGUGGCUGGUGGUGGGCGUUGCUCAAUAAGGGUGUCAACGUCCCAAUAUAUCAUAGAGGUGAUCCCUACUCAUUUUAACGUGUUUCUCACCAGUGAUCAAGACCUUGAAGUUUGUGGAGGAAAAGUGUUGAUACAAUAGUGUAAUGCAUACUUAAUUAUAUCCUGAAAUGACACUUUUGUCAAGUUCUAAGAGUGCAUAUUCUUUAAAAGAUGCAGUAAAUCUCUUCAAGUAACAAGUGCAAUUUUACAACUGUGGUGAUGUCUGAAAAUAUGAUGGAAUUUUCCAAGAAGCUUAA